AUGACUCAAUCGAUAUGUGCGCCUGGUGCUCCGUUAUCACCAGGUGGUCCUGGUGGUCCGUCUGGUCCUGGAUUGCCAUUUCCUCCAGGUUGUCCAUCAGGUCCUGGUGGUCCGGGAGGUCCGGGUGGUCCUGGUGGUCCAUUUGGUCCUGGAGGACCAGGUGGUCCAGGGGGUCCAGGUGGUCCACGAUUGCCUCCGUCGGCAUCGGUUCCCGGUGAGCCGGGAUUUCCUGGCGGUCCUUUGGGUCCUGGUGCUCCGGGUGGACCUGGCGGUCCAUCGGGGCAGUCAAAGCAGAACUCGUGCUGCGGUUGUGGUGUGGCGGGUGGUCCAUCAGGGCCGUCUCGUCCAGGCUGCCCUGGCUCUCCGUCUGCUCCAUUCUCACCAUCUGGGCCUGGUGCUCCAGGUGGACCUUGGGGCGAUACACCGCAUCCACAACAUACUCCU